AUGGCGAUUUUAACGGUUCCGGGCCUCUGGGUCUUGUUAAGCUUUUUUGCAUGCUAUGCCUAUAGUGCACCGCCUGCCAAGCAAGCUCGCCAAUCUGCGGGGUGUACCGAGGACUAUUUCAAAGGGAUCGCCCCUUCUGGAAUAUCAAUCGAGCGAGUAGAAAAAGUCACCAGUGGGACAUUUUCAGAAAGCGGAGAUAUAGGAUACCCAUCAUUCGCUGGUGGGCUUCCCUCGUUGUGUGCGGUCAUAGUCAAGAAUGAAACUGCGAAUUACCGGUUUGGGAUGUUCCUCCCAGAUAAUUGGAACUCGAGGUUUCUCGCUAUAGGAAGUUACUCCUUCCUUGGCGGUAUAAACUGGCUUGAUAUGGGACCCGGAGCGCAGUACGGCAUGGCAAGUCUCUCGACCGAUACCGGGCAUAGUAGUGGUCAGGGAGAUCUCACAUGGCCAACCACCCAAGACCUUAAGGUCAAUUGGGCUUACCAAGCAUUGGAGGGGUCUAUUAUCCUAGGGAAAACACUCGUCGAAUCUUAUUACAACAAUAAAUCUAUCGCAUACUCGUAUUGGAGCGGUUGUUCAACAGGGGGGAGACAGGGUCUCAAGCAAAUUCAGAGGGAUCCUGAUAUGUUUGACGGAGCUUUGAUUGGAGCACCUGCGUGGGACACGAAACAUUUGAUGCCCUGGAUCUCCAAGCUCGCGACCUGGAACCUUCCAGAAGACGCAGCAGGAAGUAUCAAUGACACGAAUCUCUUCUCGCGCCUUCAGGCAGAAGUUGUUAAGCAAUGCGACUCACUUGAUGGAGUCCAAGACAAUAUAGUCAGCUCGCUCUCGGCAUGCAGAGAACAUUUCGACAUUUCGAAAAUUCGUUGCGACAUAACGACGAACAAGACAUCUUGCUGGACUCAAGCUCAGAUAGACACAGCUCAGAAGAUGUACACAGAUUAUACCACCGAAGACGGAAAAUUCGUCUACAGUGGAAUGGAUUACAGCUCUGAAGCGGAUUGGGGAACCUAUCUUACACCAGCGGGCGCGAAUGAUUCCAACAAUGUAAGAAGGAAUUUUGACGCUGAGUAUGAGCGAACGUUCAUGAGCUACGGCUCUGAUUGGCAAAUUACUUCCUACAACGACAGCGUUGUGGCCGAUGCGGAAGUGCGUGACGAAAGCAUCCAGUGUACCGCCGAUCAAUAUGAUCUUGGCAGUUUUAGAACAAAGGGAAAAAUCAUAAUGUAUGGCGGUCUCGCAGAUUCUGUCGUACCAGUUCAACAUACCACUUUAUACUAUAACAGAACCAUUGAAGCAAUGGGAAACGUUGAUGACUUCUUUCGCUAUUUCCAGAUCCCGGGUAUGGGUCAUUGCUGGGGCACUCCUAGCAAUGUCAAAGCUCCCUGGAUGAUAGGGGGUGCCGGUCAAGCUGCUCAGAUGCCGCCGUACAACUCCGGUUUCUCGGUUCCUCUCGGUAACAAUAACAGUCGCCACGAUGCACUCCUGGCCUUGAUUGAUUGGGUUGAAAAUAAUAACGCGGUCUCUCAAAUAAUUGCUUCCGAAUUCAAUUUCACGGAUUCGACGUUGCAGAAUAUUGUAACGUACAGGCAACGACCCAUUUGUCCAUACCCUCAGACAGCUGCGUGGGAUGGGCAGGGAUCUCAGGACGAUGCUGCGAGUUGGCAAUGCAAAUAG